AUGUAGUAUUUUAGCAAAUUUGAAGAUAUCCAUUUUAAUCAGAAACAGAAUGAGGUCAUUGAAUUAUCUUUGUAUAAAAUGAAAAACAAUAAAAAAUAAGAUUAGAAGAGCUCCUAAUUACAAAAAAUAGAUAAAUUAAAAUUACCAAAAGAAUAUAAAAUACAAUUACUUAGAGGUCUCAAAGAGAAUUUAGAGUAAAAAUUAUAAGAAGAAAAAGCAUCUAAAUAGAGAUUGAAUGUUAUUAGGAAAAUGCAAUUAAAGUAGGAACGCUUAGAUUUAUAAAACUCACUCAAGAAAAGUGAUUCAGUUAAGGAAAACUAAGAUUUACCAUCAAGUUCUUCAUCAAAUUAAAGUAGUCCAAAAAAAGACAACAAAAAAGUGUAUGAAGAAAUAACCAGUCUCGUGAAAGCUCUAACUGAAGUAGAAAAAGAUCUAAUUAAAAUGAAAUAGCAAAGAAAUAAAAUAUCUGAAUAGCUAGAAGAUGUUAAAUAUGAUCUAAUUGAUAUGAAGGAAUUUUAAUAAAUAUAAGCUCAAGAACUACUAAGAUAAGACUUAUAUAUGAAUGAUUUAAAAAAGCAGAUUACUGUUAUGAGCUAACACGGUUUAUGCACACCAAGAGAAUAUAUCUCGAAUUUGAAUUAAACAAGAUUAAAUUAAACUAGACUUAAUGCAACAAUCAUGGAAGAGGUUAAAUUCAAGUUAGAAAAUGUAAAAGAUUUCUUAAAAGAUGCUUAUAGUAAAAUUAAAAGGAAAAAAAACAAUGAAGAUCCUAAUUAGUAAAAUUAAUAAGGAUAAAAUACAAAUAGAAUUUUAUCUGGAUUAGAUGUUCAGUGA